AAUCAUGGAGAGAAAUGCUUCUCACUUAAACCAGAGCCCAGCAGGGGGGAGAAGGGUUCAGUAACACCGAGCUCUGGAAAAGUGCGAGUCUGGCAGUGUGACUGCUCCUCAGGAUGCAGCAGCUGGGGUCAUUAGUGGUGUUCUUCAUAGAAAUGUCUCCUUGUCAGUUUUCCAGGCAGCAGCUCAGCCUUGGACUUGUAUCUGAACUCCUGGCAGUUUCCUUUCUGAGGAUCUUGGGUUCCCCUCCUAGAUGUGCUCACAGCUGUGGGAUAGGUGUUCAUACAGUGCAGGAAUCAUUGCAGUGCACUGUAGCAUCCAAAGAAUUCUGCUGUGCUCAGCAGAGGAGCCAUGACAGGAUCAGUGUGAGAGAGAGCCAGCAUCAGCCUUUCCCUUCAAGAAGGCAGAUGGUUGGGGGGCUGGUGUGCCCAGCACCACACAGCCAAGCCCACCCUGUAUCCCAGCACUGCAGGGCCAUGGCUGGGCUCCUGCUCUCUCCUUGUCACCCAGCUGAGCACUGGAGUCCUCCUCUUCCCAGCUGUUCUCUGCACCUGUGGUGCUGCUGCGUGAGGCUUCACCACGUGCAGCCCUUCAUCGACAGUGACCACAGCAUCCACCAAUACUUCUUGCCCAGGGAGUAUGCAGUUAUCAUCCCCGUGGUGGCUGGGCUGCUGCUGCUGCUAUUUAUAGGUGUUUUUAUAAUGGUUGUGAUGUGGAAGAGCAGAAAACCUGCCAAGAAAUCAGACUGAAGGCCCAGCUGAGAGAUGGAGAGAAGGCCCUCACCCUGCAGCACCCAGGCUGGGAGGAGCCAGCCUGCAGCACUAAGCAGCCACCUCCUCCAGAGCACUCUCGAAGCAGCAGCAGCGCCAAGCUGGCUGCUCUCUCUCCUACAUUCCUUCCUCAAAAGAUGCAGACUUGCAUAGUUUACAACUUAUUGACUAAAGGGAAGCAAAACUGACCUACGGGACAUGCCAGGAGAGGGACCAGAGCUCCAGUUAGGACAAAUCUGCACCCCAGCUGAGGCUACGUGCAGGAGCUGUGCUGGGCUGGAAUCUGUCGGGGUCCAGCAGCAAUAAUUGCAGAGUGUGAGUUCAGUUCUGGCCCCCAUCAGGUGCUCGGCCUCUGGGUAAUCUUUCCCCUCUGCUCUUGCUGCAUACAGUAGUUUAUUCCUUCUGGGAUUUUUUUUUUUUUUAACUGGAAGAGCUAAUGAUGGUGCUGUGAGCUCUCAUGUUUCUGAAGAGGGCCUUCUGAGCUGUGCUUGUAGAGCACAUGCUGCACCCACCUCCCCUCCUCCAGUCACCCAAGUGAGGACAGGGUGUGCCCUGAGUGGCAGAGGAAGCAUUUUGGCUCCACUGCCAAUGAAUGGGGCUCUCACCACAGCUGUCAGCUGCAGCCUGGGCUCCUGCCUGCACUGGGCCAGCCCUGAGCUGGACUGCCAGCAGCUCCUGGUGGCUGUAGCGAGCUGGAUUUGUCCUCAAUAAAGGUCUCUAAGGUC